CACAAAAUGGCUCAUCUAAAACACAAACAAACUUACAAUAUUGUCGCGUAAUCGACUGUUCUUUCCUUCUUCUCAUUGACCGUACCGAACGACUUGUAUCGCUGAAUUCCCAAGGCCUCACUCACCAGCUCGGGUGACAAUCACGUGCAUUCCAAAUGUCAGGACAAUGAUACUGUUCCUGAUCCGCCAUACCAACGCUCAUGAGCACUCCUGCUUCGGCAACAGAGAGGCCUCCGGGCCCUCAUAAACAGAAUGUCAAACUUGUUACACAGCCAGAAAAGACAUUUACCAAUGAUUCCGAGAAACACUCUUCUAAUGCCGAUUCUUCCUCUUCAAAAGCCCCGACACAUCAACGUCUUGUCCUUACAGAUCCGAUAGCAUUUAGAUAUCUGGAAGAAGACCCUGGGGUCGAGGUCGUCGAGAGAAGUCAAGAACUACAAGGCUAUGAGAUUUACAUUGUUGAACAAUGGGCCACUUCUCGUACCCACCCUACCUUUGUCAUCACCACUUUUACCGGUGAUCCUCAACAUGUCGCUCAAGUCGGUAUCUUGAGCGUUCCUACCGACGAAUCUGGCUGGUCCCAGCGUCUCCGUGUUUAUUUCAAGGCUCUCAAUCAGUAUCACGCUCGCCGGAAAGAAACGCCACUUGGUAUACUAAUGAUCACAAAUCUGUCUGGCUUCCCCUCCUCCUUGACCGUCAUCCCAGUACCGGAUGGCGACCUUAGAAAACAUCGCUUCGAUUUCUUCGUCUCCGAGAACCUCAAGCGCAUGGGCUGUUCCGGACGUGUUGGUUUGACUCUUUCUGCACCAAACAGCGCAACUGUCGCAAAGUUCCACCAGCUGUACAAGACUAGCGACAAGAACUCCAUUUUCCAGGCUGUAAUUGAGCUGGUCAAGCUCUGCCAAGCUGCACUCAAUAUAUUCGACAAACUUGAUUUCGAGUAUGCGGAUGGCUUACUGUGCGACAUUACUGAAAAGGCCGCCAAUGAUUGGUGGCUCGAUAUCGGGGCCGAGUUCUAUAACAUAGAACCACACGAUGGUAUUCUUGGACCUACAACAGUUGCCGCUUUGCUCGGCUUGCUGAUGGGUGCUCGGAACCGACUAAGUGCUGUUGGUGCACCUGUGCCGAAAGACCCAUUUGAGAUUGAAGGCAUGAAACGCGGUAUCUCUCACUUCCAGAAGAGUCAGCGACUUGAGAGAACCAGGAGGUUGGACAGACAUACCCUCGACAGACUGCACAGGACUUCAGCAAAAGCUGCUAAUGCUGAAGGAUGGUCGGUACCUCGUGCUGUCAAAUCUACUGUUGCAGAGCUUAGCGGAAAGGGAGGUGAGAUGCUCGCCGAGGCUGUCGGAAGGCGAGAUAAAGCCGGUAUCGCUGAUGUCGAGACAUCGUACAUUGAUCGAUUCGAGCAGCUUGUGUAUGGUCAGCGCUGUAAGUGGCUCUGGCUUGGCAAGCCGCUCAAAAAUCAGUCAGUCGAUAUGAAAGAUUGGAAGCCCGAGGGUCAUGAGAAGGGUUUUGGCGGAAUUGAGAGGAAGCAUACAUCAGAGUCGAUCACCACUCACAGAGCGGUAUCGGAUGAUGUUAUGUCUCCUACAUUACCUUCUAGCAGAGAAGGUGAAGGUUCGAUCAAAGAAGAGCAUCAUCUUCAUCGAUCUGUCACAAAACGAGCGACUGGACUGUUCAAUGAUGGAAGGCGUGGCUUUGGCAAGUUCAAAGACGCUGUGCGUGGACAUCAUCCGAAAGGGUCGAAAGAUGAAUCUCCCAUCUCACCCACCGGUCCAUCGAAGCAAGAGUUCGAAUUUCCCCAUGCUCUGAACCGCAUAGAUUCAUCAUCACCACCCGCAAGUCCUAAAAUGAACCAAGGUGCCGAUGGUAGCCUCGACCAAAUUCUUCAACCACGAGAUCAGAAACUUGAAGCAGCCCUCACCCGGAACGACCCUCAAUACUCCAAUCACCUCUUCGCCAGCCCUCUCGAAGCAAACAACAGCGUCUUUCCAGUCGAAGACCCGCAACGCAAGAAAUCAUCAGAAGAGUCUCGCGACCAAGACAAGAGCGACAACGAAACCGACAUCGACCGCUACGACACAAUCUCCCGCACUAUAAGUGGAGAACCAUCCAUCUCAAUCGCAGGCUCCGACUACCACGGCGUCGACCUCAAGGAUAUUCUUCCUACACCUCCAGAUCUAGCUCAAGAUAUCGGACCCCUACUCCGGCGCAUACACUCCUACUCCGACUUUGAAACCCUGACUUCCGACACCAAUCGCAGUGAUUCCUUCUACCCACGCCGCUUGAGUUUCGGCAUCGCUGAAGAUAGCAUCAUGUUGAAGGAAUCGCCCGCUUUACUCGCGCCAACAUCUCCACCUCCACAUUCGACACUAGAAGCGCAAUUCGAACACGAAACAACAAUAUCCUCCGAUCUCAAAUACCUGCGCUCCGCAAUCGCCACCCUCGACCGCAAAGAAGCAACAUGGACACGCACCCAACUCCUCCUCACCCACGACCUCCUCACCACAGCCGACGAAGAUCAAUCCUACCUCGAUUCCAUCUACCGUCCUUGCGCAUCCAAUCUCCAGGAUCUCCGUGACGCCACUGAAGCUGUUCUCGUGGACGAGAGAGAUGUCUUGCAUGAAGGAGCUAAAGAAUUGGAAACAUUGGCGCAGAGAUUGGAUUAUGAGAUUGAGGGGUUGAGAGGGAAGGUUGAGGAUGUGGAGGUCAAUGUGGGGGAUUUUGAACGGGCGGUUAGGGGGGUGGAGGAGAGGGUUGGUGAGUUGGAGGGGUUGGGGCAUGGGGGGUGGGGGUGUGUUGUUUCCUGAUCUCUCAUGUGCGAGGGGGAUUGAUGUUGGGAGUGUGAUGGGAGUGUGAUGAUAGUGGUGUAUGGUAUUGAUUCCUUUUUUUCGUUUGUGGUUUAUUGUAUAGAGUGUUGU